AGACCACGCAGAAACUAUGGAGUUGCUUUUUGUGCUUGACAAAGUGCAGAGAUAGAAGACAGGGAUUCCCGGCUGGGAGGAGGGAGGAGAGCUGAAGACCCCGGCCUGGGCUGGCUGAUCUAAGCAGUCAAAGUGGGAAGCUGAGUGCUUGAAAGAGGAUUAUACUCGCACUAGAAAUAAGCAGUAAGUGAGCGAAUAACCAUUAUGGCUUAGAAAAGACUUAAUCCCCCUGGGUUAUGGGGUGAGCUAGAAAAUAUUGCUUAACUCUAGAGUAAAACUGGAAGGCUUCUGACUCUGUGUACAGUUGUCUGCUGUUUGGAAAGUAGGGGCUUAAGAGCAAGCCCAGAGCCUCCCCCACUCUUGGAAAAUGCCAACUUCUACUUAGCAAUAGUUGGGGAUAUAAUCUCAUUCCCUAGCCUCUUCCUGGUAAAAUUUAGUAAUAAACCAGAUAGGGAGUUGGGAUUAAACUGGAAAAGUGGAAUCUGGUAUUGGCAGAAAUGGCGAUCUUGAAUUACGUUCUGUGAAUGCCGACAUUGUUAUAUCUAUUAGCAGUGAUUUGCUAAUCACAAGAAAGUCUGGGGCAGGACAUUGAAAAGGGAGAAUUGAAAGCUUUUAUGACAGAGAAGCUGAGUAGUCCAUAUGCGUGAGAUGAAAUAUAAAAAUGUGUAUAAUAAUAGAUGGAAGGGUUUUUUGAGCAUUAAACUAGAAAAGCAGUCAGGGAACAUAUACUUGGAUAUAAGCUAGAAAAGAAGAAAUUUUAGUUUCAGUAAUUUUUUGUGCAAACCCCAAAUUUCACAAUGUUUACAAAGUCAAGACAGUGAUUCGGGGAUACUUCGAUUAUUGUGGUACACUAUAAAUACUGCUGCUGGGCAAGAUCUGUGGUUCUCUGGUCAGCAAGUUCUGGCAAUGAAGCCACUGCCGCUGGUGCAAAGAAUUCUGGGAUGUCUGACAGUGAUAUGGAUGGAAAGACCCACAUUCCAUCUCUACUUAAUGUCCUUUUGUCCAGAAGUCGGGUCAUGCACAUGAGCUACUUGAAAAGUAAAGAAAAAGGAUAUGGAAAACUAAGCAGUGAUGAAGACCUGAAAAUAAUUGUUGAUCAAAAGCAGGGAAAAGGCUCUAGGGCGGCAGAUAAGGCUGUUGCCAUGGUGAUGAAGGAGAUACCGAGGGAGGAGUCUGCUGAAGAAAAGCCCCUCCUUACUAUGACAUCACAGCUGGUGAAUGAACAGCAAGAGAGCAGACCCCUCCUGAGUCCCUCCAUCGAUGAUUUUCUCUGUGAAACCAAAUCGGAGGCAAUAGCAAGGCCAGUAACGUCCAACACAGCCGUAUUGACCACAGGUUUAGAUCUCCUUGACCUGAGUGAACCCGUCUCUCAAACCCAAACCAAAGCCAAGAAGUUGGAGACCUCAUCGAAAACCUCAUCCCUCAAGAAAAAGGUUGAUGGGCCUGACCUCAUCAGUGCGGAUGCUGAGCAGAGAGGCCAGGCUGUCCGAAACCCAGAGACGGCAUCCCUAGACUUAGUAGACAUUCAAACACAACUGGAAAAAUGGGAUGAUGUUAAGUUUCAUGGAGAUCGAAACAGCAAGGGACAUCCCAUGGCAGAGAGAAAAUCAAGCUCAUCUAGAACUGGAUCAAAAGAACUUUUAUGGUCCUCAGAGCACAGAUCUCAGCCAGAACUGAGUGGUGGGAAAAGCGCCCUGAACUCUGAGUCGGCUGCAGAGCUGGAAUUGGUGCCUCCAACGCAGGCUCGACUGACCAAAGAACAACGCUGGGGAAGUGCAUUGCUUUCCAGAAACCACUCCUUAGAAGAGGAAUUUGAAAGAGCAAAAGCAGCAGUGGAGUCAGAUACAGAGUUUUGGGAUAAGAUGCAAGCAGAAUGGGAAGAAAUGGCCCGGAGGAACUGGAUAUCGGAGAACCAAGAAGCCCAGAACCAGGUUACAAUCUCAGCUAGCGAGAAGGGAUAUUACUUUCACACUGAAAACCCCUUCAAGGACUGGCCUGGAGCAUUUGAAGAAGGCUUAAAAAGGCUGAAGGAAGGGGACCUGCCAGUUACCAUCCUGUUCAUGGAGGCAGCAAUUCUUCAGGACCCUGGAGAUGCAGAGGCAUGGCAGUUCCUCGGGAUAACCCAGGCAGAGAAUGAAAAUGAACAAGCAGCUAUUGUCGCCCUCCAGAGGUGCUUAGAAUUGCAGCCCAACAACUUGAAAGCUUUGAUGGCUUUGGCUGUGAGUUACACUAACACCGGACAUCAGCAGGAUGCCUGUGAAGCUUUAAAAAAUUGGAUUAAGCAAAAUCCAAAGUACAAAUACCUUGUGAAGAGCAAGAAGGGGUCUCCAGGCCUCACCCGGCGGAUGUCAAAGUCUCCCGUUGAUAGCUCUGUUCUGGAAGGAGUGAAGGAAUUAUAUCUAGAAGCUGCCCACCAAAAUGGAGAUAUGAUCGACCCAGACCUACAGACAGGUCUGGGGGUACUGUUCCACCUGAGGGGAGAAUUUAAUAGAGCAAUAGAUGCAUUUAAUGCUGCCUUAACUGUUCGGCCAGAGGACUAUUCAUUAUGGAACCGCCUCGGGGCGACCUUGGCAAACGGAGACCGCAGCGAGGAAGCCGUGGAGGCCUACACACGAGCGCUGGAGAUUCAGCCAGGCUUCAUCCGGUCCAGAUACAACCUGGGGAUAAGCUGCAUCAACCUGGGCGCCUACAGAGAAGCGGUCAGCAAUUUUCUCACUGCCCUCAGUUUGCAAAGAAAGAGCAGGAAUCAACAGCAAGUUCCUCAUCCUGCAAUCUCUGGGAAUAUCUGGGCUGCCCUCAGAAUUGCCCUUUCUCUGAUGGACCAACCGGAACUCUUCCAGGCAGCUAAUCUCGGUGACCUGGAUGUCCUCCUGAGAGCUUUCAACUUGGAUCCUUGAUGGAAAAGAAAAAAAUAAAAAGAAUCCCUGAUCUGUGUAAUUGUACUGAGAAACGCAAAACUAUUUCAUUAUGAAUUCCAAAAAGGAUAAAAUGGAUGUUCAAAAGGCUAUGGUGAUAUAACCCAAGGGAAUUCCUACAGACAAUGCCCAGUCUCUGUUCAGAUCCAAAAGCACAAAACAUUAUAUAGUCAAGGUCGGGCUCAGAAGAAGAAUUGAUAGACACAAACCAAGAUUAAGUAACCGUGUGAAUACUCUUCAGAAGCUGCAAGCAUAUUGCAAGUUCUUUGGGGUUUUGUCCCCACUUGCGGCUGAUGACACAUCUAAGGAACUUGCUCAUGGGACACCUGGAGAAAGCACUGCCGUGGAUCAGGGAAUUGUGUUUCUGAACUGUCCCCUGAAAUUCCCCCUUUUACCAAAUUGAACAUAGUUUGGGCCAAGGUGCAUGCACAUAUAUUAACUCUUGACUAAAGAGAGGCAUUGCUUAAACCUGUUCCAAUUUUAACUUUUAUUGUUGCCCUUUGAUUCCAGAGAGCGAGCUUUGCUGGCAAAAGCAGUUUUUGCACUAGAAAUUUUUGCUCUUCCCAAUCAAAACUUUUCUGGGAUUGUAUAUAUGCACUUUAAUAUUUUUGCCUUGCUGGAGUUUUGUUUUGUUGCUCCAAUUUUUAACCUGGAGGUAAAAGAUUAGAGAACUCAGCCUUGUUUGAUCAACGGACCAAAUAACAAUUCCUGAAAAUAGUUUUUCAUAGCGUAGGGUUUUGAAGGAACGUUUUUCUUAAAGCAGAUAUGACGUGGGGUGUAGUAUGUCAAACACAGAUCUUAUUCACAUGCUUUUCUGGGACUGUAUGAACUGAAGCAAGAGAUAAAGUAGUACCUCUUCACAAAUUCUGUGCAGGAAGGAAGUUUGAUGAUAUUGUGAUUUCUACUGAGUUAACAUUAACUUGCUUAAAUGUCGUAUUUUCCUUGCUUUCUAACUGCUCUGCACAUUUUCCUUUUAAAUUGUUAACAUUUUAAAUAGUAUUUAAAAGUGAUAAAUACAUCUUUUCCUUAAAAUUAUGUGUUUUCUUAGUUCCAUAAUAAUCUGCACUGCUCACCCUUUUGCAUUCUAAGUGAUAGAAGAUCAAUAUUUUCUAGCUGAACCUCACUGAAUGUCAGUGGUUUAAUAUGCAAGAUGCAUGCCUGGCGUUCACUUUGAACAUUUGUCAAGCAUCAGGAAUUUUCUGCUGGUGGUGACGUUUAAUUGGUUAUAUUCCACUCAGUUCUUCAGAGCGUUUUGUGCCUGUUGGGAGUUUGGUGAUUAGUUGAAAAGACACCAUUUUUUAAAGAAUUAGAAAAAUUGUUUGCAAAAUGGUAACCAAAAUAUAAUUUCACUGAUGGUUCCAAUUCUAGUAAUUUAUCCUGGGAAGUUGUCCCAUUCUUCUUUAUUGUGUCUCCUUCCUUCUUCCAGAAUCUUCCCCAAAGCAAUCUGAUCCCAACUUUUUCUUCAUAUUCUUUGGUUAGUAACAGCUGGUUACAUUCGUGAUUAUAGUUACCCUGCAAAACAGCAUUUGGGUCAAGAGUAUAAUUGACUGGGGAGUUAGCUUCUACUGGGAGAGGGGAGAGGAAAUGUAUAUACAUGCUGAGACAUCGAACUCCAGGUACAGGCAGAAAUCCUCUCUUCCGUUACGUUGGAAGUCUCGGUGGGUAGGAAGGGAUCCCAGGGACACAUGAAACCACUUGAGGCUUCCAUACAUCAUAACCUAUUCUAGUUCAUAAAGACAAAGAGUUGAGGGCACUAUGGUGGUGCCAGGCAUUUAUCUUCAUGUCAAAGCCCACCUGGGCUAGGUGAUGCCUCCAGCUGGCCAGCAGGAGGCAGGGCAUUAAGGCAUUCACUGCUGGGCAGGAGUCACAACCCAGGCUUGGCCUCCUUCACUGAAGUGUGAGAAGCAAGAUAAAACUCAACAAUAUUUUCUAAAGAAUAAAUGGUAUCCUUUAGAAUUUUAGCAUCUUAGAAACUCAGUCUGGGGAAGGACUCUUGGGGCCCAGUCUCCAACCCAUGACAGCUGCCUGCUUGAAUAUCCCCGAUAGAAUAGCAUCCAUUCUGUGCAUGUUCUUCCUCCCAAUCCCUGUGCAUUCACUGGCUGGCCAGCUGACGUGCAUCCAUCAUAGUCCAUUAGGAGCAAACUUCACACGUGUUCUAUUUAUGGUGUCAUUGUAUACUUUCAGCAGUCACUGAAUUUUGCAAUAACGAUAGGCUGUUUUCUUAGCCUUGCUGGCACUACCCACAUGAGAUCAGUAACAAUUUAAAGACUGACAGUAGGGUAAAUGUGGGAUGUUUUGAUUUGAUUGUUGCUAAGUGGUGGCAAAUUUUGCUGCCCAAGUUUUAUUUUGCUUUUGGAAUACAGAGUAACUUCGAGCUCCAAAGAGUUGCGUUAGAGGAGACAACCUUCCAUUCCCGUCAUAAUUGGAUCAUGUGCAGAGCAUUCAGUAAGAUUUUCUGCAAGACACCUGUGUAAGUCAGAACCAAGAUUUUCAUAGGCUGUUAACCUGUCAAGAAGCGCAGAAUUGUUGCCCAAGGAGUUUUUCAAUACUUUUUUUUUUAAUUGACGUAUAGUUGGUUUACAAUCUGUUAGUUUCUCCUGUACAGCAAAGUGAUUGUUAUACAUAUGUAUACAUUCUUUAUAUCCUUUGCCAUUAUCGUUUAUCACAGGGUAUUGAAUAUAGUUCCCUGUGUUAUACAGUAGGACCUUGUUGUUUAUCCAUUCUACAUAUAAUAGUUUGCAUCUGCUAACCCCAAACUCCUAAUUCAUCCCUCUCCCACCACCUUGCUUUGCAACCACAAGUCUGAUCUCUGAGUCUGUUUCUCUUUUGAUUUGUAUCUUUUUUCCCGUUUUUUUUACUUUCUAUUUUAUAUUGGAGUAUAGUUGAUUAACAAUAUUGUGAUAGUUUCAGUGUACAGCAAGUGAUUCAGUUAUACAAGCACAUGUAUCUCUUUUUAUUCAAAUUCUUUUCCCAUUUAGGUUGUUACAUAAUAUUGAACAGAGUUCCCUGUGCUAUACAGUAAGCCCUUGCUGGUUAUCCAUUUUAAAUACAGCAGUGUGUACAUGUCAAUCCCAAACUCCCUAACUAUCCCUUCCUUCCCUUGUGUCAUAUUUUAAAUUCCACAUAUAACUGAUAUCAUGUGGUAUUUGUCUUUCUCUGAUUUACUUCACUUUGUAUGAUAAUCUCUAUGUCCAUCCAUGUUGCUGCAAAUGGCAUUAUUUCGUUCUUUUUUAUGGCUGAGUAGUAUUCCACUGUAUACAUGUAACACAUCUUCUUUAUAUGGACAUUUAGGUUGUUUCCAUGUCUUGGCUAUUGUGAAUAGUGCUGCUAUGAACAUUGCAUGUAUCUUUUUGGAUUAUAGUCUUCUCUGGGUAUAUGCCCAGGAGUGGGAUUGCUGGAUCAUAUGGUAACUCUGUUUUUAGUUUUUUGAGGAACCUCCAUACUGUUCUCCAUAGUGGCUGCACCAACUUACAUUCCCACCAGCAGUGCAAGAGGGUUCCCUUUUCUCCACACCCUCUCCAGCAUUUGUUAUUUGUAGGUUUUUCAGUGAUGGCCAUUCUGACCAGUGUGAAGUGGUACCUCAUUAUAGUUUUGAUUUGCAUUUCUCUAAUAAUUAUUGAUGUUGAGCAUCUUUUCAUGUGCCUGUUGGUCAUCUGGAUGUCUUCUUUGGAGAAAUGUCUAUUUAGGUCUUCUGCCCAUUGUUGGAUUGGGAUGUUUCUUUUGUUGUUGAGUUGUAUGAUCUGUUUGUACAUUUUGGAAAUUAAGACCUUGUUGGUCGCAUCACUUGCAAAUAUUUUCUCCUAGUGUGUAGGUUGUCUUUUUGCUUUGCUUAUGAUUUCCUUUGCUGUGCAACAACUUAUAAGUUUGAUUAGGUCCUAUUUGUUUAUUUUAUUUCUAUUGCUUUGGGAGACGGACCUAAGAAAACAUUGGUACGAUUUAUGUUAGACAAUGUAUUGCCUAUGUUCUCUUCUAGGAGUUUUAUGGUGUCACACCUUAUAUUUGUCUACAAGCCAUUUUGAGUUUAUUUUUGUGCAUGGUGAGAAGGUGUGUUCUAACUUCAUUUAUUUACAUGUGGCUGUCCAACUUUCCCAGCACCACUGGUUGAAGAGACUGUCUUUUUUCCAUUUUAUAUUCUUGCCUCCUUUGUCAAAGAUUAAUUGACCGUAAGUGUGUGGGUUUAUUUCUGGGCUCUCUAUUCUGUUCCAUUGAUCCCUAUGUCUGUUUUUGUGCCAAUACCAUGAUGUUUUGAUUACUGUAGCUUUGUAAUAUUGUCUGAAGUGUGGGAGGGUUAUGCCUCCUGCUUUGUUCUUUUUCCUCAGUAUUGCUUUGGCAACUCUGGGUCUUUUACAGAUCCAUAUACAUUUUAGGAUUAUUUGUUCUAGUUCUGUGAAAAAUAUCAUGGGUAAUUACAUAGGGAUCACAUUAAAUUUGUAGAUUGCUUUGGGUAAUAUGGCAAUUUUAACAAUAUUAAUUCUUCUAAUCCAAGAGCAUGGGAUACAUUUCCUUCAAUAAUACUUUUUUGAUUUUUAUUUUGUUAAUUUUAUUGGAGUAUAGUUGAUUUACAAUGUUGUGUUAGUUUCAGGUGUACAGCAUAGUGAUUCAGUUAUACAUAUAUUCUUUCUUUUUCAGAUUCUUUUCUCGUAUAGCUUAUUACAGAACAUUGAGUAGAGCUCCCUGUGCUAUACAGUAGGUCCUUGUUGGGUAUCUAUUUUAUGUAUAGUAGUGUGUGUAUUUUAAUCCCAAGCUCCUAAUUUAUCCCUCCUGCCAUGUUUCCCUGUUGGUAACCCUAAGUUCUCAAAAUCUGGGUCUGUUUCUGUUUUGUAAAUAAAUUCAUUUAUACAGUGAGACUUUUAAACAAAAUUUAAUAAAAACAGUUACUAGAAAGCACAUGAAAGUUUAUAGAAAUCAGGGCACCACCAAAAAUGAAGUAGCAAGAUUUUAGAACAGUCUUUAUUGUAUACAUUUUUUUUAACUGUGACACAUUUUUUAAGGCAGCACUGCUUUCUGGCAUCUUAUCUCCAUGGUGUGAAAUUGUCAUUUAAAUUACUCUUUCCAUUUGAAAGGGUAGGUAGGGUGUUUUGGGUUACCUUCUGGGGCAUUCUGGGAAGGCACUGAAUAUCUUUUGUGUUACUGAGUAAUAAAUAGCCUAAGAUCUCUUAGAGGAUGGUAAUACUUUACUAGAAUGACCACUCAAUUUCAUAAACGUGACUUUUGAGGACCAAUUUCACUAGUCAAUGGGAUGAAAAUGCAGAGAAGGCCAGUGAUCAUUGCUGAAUUUCAAAAUAUAACUGUGUCUAGUGAGCUAUUCUAUGUGCUCCUGUACCUUCACAGUGAGGUGGAGGAGGGUUAGGGAAAAGGAGAAAUAAGGCAUCCACUUACUGGGCCAAUCAUAUUAAGUCAUCAUUCCCUUUGCUUUCUCCCAAGCUCACUCCUGAUGACUCCUUGAAAGAAAGGCAGAUCUUAUCCACCAGGAAACGUCAGUAGAAAACUAUGAGCUGUGCUUUCUCAGUUCAUCUGUAUUUCAACUAGAAUGGCAAAUUUGUGAUACUUAACUGGGUUGGAAUGUCCAGUACCCACUCACUUUCAGAGGUUUCUGCCACUUGCCUCAUUCUUUUCUUUGAAGGAACUAUUAUGUUAAAUCUUAGCACCAUGUCUAGACAUUAAUAUCAUGUAAAUCUUUCUAGUGUAUUUGUGCUAUACAGGCAAGACUUGAAUACAACUGUAGCUAGUCCUACUUAUAACAGGAGCUCCCAAACUCUGUACCAUAAACAUUGUUUGUCUGUGAGCUCCUUGGGAAUAGAGAGAAAAAGCAAGAUGGUUGUUUUGUGUCCCUUCCUCAUUUGUCCCUGAAUCGAUUGGACUGUAAUAAGUUAGUUGUUGUGGUGGUGGUGGUUUUAUUUCUUGAAAUGCUUCUAGAAGCAUUCUAGUAACAGGGUAUUCUGAAGGCUUGUGUGCCAUCUUUCUGAGGCCUUCUGUUUUAGAAAUUAUUACACAUGCAAUGCAUGAUUUCAACUUUGUAAAAUAAUUUCAAAUGUAUUCCCUCACCAGAUUUUACUGCACCAUUUCCUUAUCAUUUCAGUAUUUAUAGAACUGGUUGAAAUUAAACUGUUUUGAACUAAGAAGUAGACAGAUCUAUAUAUUUUUUAAGAGGGUUUGUAGAUGAACUCUGGCAUAAGGUUUGUAAAAAGGCAGUUUUUAAAAAAUGAAACAUAUAACCUCACGUACCAAAAUAAAGCAUGCAUUAGCACUUGCAAAUCUGCCUACUCAGAUAUUAACCAAAGCAUGCAAAAUAACUUUACUGAAUGUAAAUUUACCCAGUGCAUGAUUAAGUCAGUCUCAUAGGUUAGCUUAUAUUUCCUUGCUUCUGAACAAGGAACUUGUUCAUGAACUUUGUGUUCUAGUUUUUCUACUUGCUUUUAAAUAUCCUGUCCUUGAGAGUCACAUGGCUGGUUUAUGCAGUGUUGCAGCCAGUGCCAAACUAAUCCUGCGAGGAGUCCAGGCCUUUAGACAUCCAAACGAUUUUUAAAAACCGGCUGAGGCACAACAGGUGCAAAAUAGAAACAAACUCCACCUGUCUGAAUGCUACUGAACAAAACCAUGUUGAUUGCCUCAGCACAGUUUUGGGUUCUAAAUUCUGAAUAGUGCAUUUCGAGCUUUUCUAAUUUAGAAAUGCUGACAUUCUAAAUAAGGUGGGGAGGUUAAGGUAACGUCAGGUACAUAAAAACCAUCAUAAGGCAAAGUGGACAAGGGGCCUUAAUUUCCACAAAUGUCACGUAGUGUGUGGGGUGUCUGUCACACCACUGUCCUCAACACGGCCCUAUCUGUAUGGUAAGUGAGCUACUUGGGCCACAUCCCUUGAGAAACUGGACUUGGUCAAUCCGUCUAAAAACACUGAAAUUCAGGGUUGAUGAGGUGAUUUCACGGUCACUCAGAAACAACUCUAAAGUCCUCCCACUGACCUUUUCUGUGGCCCUGGCUUCUGGAAAAAAUAAGGACAAGGAAACCAGAAAUGGAGGGAACAAAGCUCAGUAAGACAAUGGGGGUGUCUUUUAGUUAGCAACAGCUUUGUCACCACUUCGUACCCUACACCCCAACACACAUGCAGAUGAGCUCCAAGACAGAAUCCCCCAAGCACCCAGCCAAGACCAUUGUGUGGAGGCAUUAAACAGCUAAGAGGAGAAAAAAAGUGUGAGAUUUCACGUAACUCUCCAUUUUGCCUUGAAUAGUUUCCGCUACCGGUACCCUCUGCAGACAUACCCAAAUAACAUUCUGGAAACAAGUGCCCCAAUCCUCAAUCUCAGAACUGUUUUCUUAGGACUGCUCUCCAAGAGAGAACUCUUGUAGCACUGUAGAAUGUCACAGCAAAACCCUGACAGGCUCAUUGGGACACUUGCACUCAAGGUUCUCAAGGUUGAGAAACCUGCACUCAAAAUAAUAUUAAGAUGAAAAAAAAGAAUGAGGCAGUUCUUUGCUCACCAAUAAAAUGUGUGUGUGUCUUGUCUUUGAAUUUCUUGGAGAGGGAAAUGGUACGACACAAAAAGAACUAAAGAAUAUACACACUCAGUAUUUCACUGACAUAUAUAAAAAUACCACAAAAGAAUUGUACCACGUGAGAAAUAUGUUCAUGAUUGAAUGUGUUAGCAGUAAAGGAAAUAUAGCAAACCUAAAUUUUACUAAUUAUUUUCAAUUCCCCAUCCCCAUAUCAUCUAAUCAUCUAACCCAAACCCUCUUCUAUUUUCAUUGCCCAAAUUUGUUUACAUUUGUUGAAAAUCUGAUUAAUUUAGUAAACUUUUUACAAACUAUAAAAAGCAUUUAUUAACUAUUUAGAAAAGAUAUUUCUAUAUAUUUUGUAUAUCUAUGAAUAUUGCAUAUCUAAGCUAAAAUACUGUUUGAGACAAAUUCUUCUAUGAUGCUUCCUUAUGCUCAAUAAUGUUUAAAAUCUUGGGAUUUCAUUUUUAAUCUGAAGUAGAUAACAAAAAAAUUUAACCUUAAAUGUUUACAUUGAGUUUUUAAAUUAAAACCAAUCCAAAUUAAGUGACCUAUAGUAAAUUAAUGGCAGUGGAAGCGGGAGCAUAAGUUAUUGGCAUACUACAUGAUAACAUACCUGUGUAUUUAGUGAAAUAUUAUAUAUCAUAGCACAACUCUGUUGGGUAUUAAGAUUUCAUCUUAGUAUUCCCCUGUGUUGCUCUUUGAAAUAAAAUUACUACCAUAAAAAUCUCUUAUCAUAUUGAUGUGUUUAAUUUACUCCAUUGGCUUAUAAUUUGCAAAGUACCAAGAUUAAGGUAGUAUUUUUGUACUACUAUUGGAAGCAUGCCCUUCCUUUUUCACAUUAUUAAAUUGUAUAUUUGUGCAAUUUUAAACUAUGUUUUCAAUAAACUUUGUGGCUUCAAGGUCUUUUCAGAAAUCUUUCAAAAUGAGAUAUGGGGAUCAGAAUUGCUUCAAGUCAAAUGGAAUCCAAUUUGUACUACUGGUUAGAAGGUCCUUUUAUCGAAUAUCACUACCUAUGAUUUUGCAUAAGUUAUCUGGAAAUAGGAAUGCACUUUUAGAUACAAAACAAAGAUCUUCCUCCUUUGUUAAUUUUUAAAGACUAAAAUAUUAUUUAACCUGCAACUGGAUUUUGUGAUUUUUUUUUUAGAAUAAAAGUAUUAAAAUAUA